AUGCUUCGCACAUCCAUCAUCAAGAGCGCGCGCUCAAUUGCCGCUCCCCGUUACUUCUCCGCAUCAGCCCUCCGAAUGGCAGAGGGUGCUACCGGCUCCGGAGCUUCAAGGCCUACUGGAUCCGCUGGCGGUGACGCCUUCACCAAGCGCGAGGCUGCUAGCGAGGAGCUCUACAUCCGCCAAGAAGAGAAGGCCAAGCUUCUGGCGAUCAAGGAGAAGCUCAAGCAGCAAAGGCAGCACAUGGAGGACCUGGACAAGCACAUCGACGAUGUCAUUGCCGAGUCUGAGCGCUCAGGUCAGGGCGAGCAAAAGUGA